UAGACGCCCGCGCCUCCUUAGUGACGUGCCGCGUUCAUGGUCACGUGGAAGUUACCUGAAUUUCUUCUUUUAGGGAGGUUAUUCGUGUUUUAAGUUCACAAAAAGUUCAUUGGACGUGUUCACAGUCAGACAUACUACAUGUUAUAGCUGUCAGUCACCAAACAAUUACCUGAUAUUCAAGUUUUGUUUCACUUUAUUCUUUUUUAUUCGAUUUCUACUAUUUUUUAAUACGGGCCUCUAUGUUCGUGGGGUCCUCAUUAAAUAAAUGUACUGCCAAACUCAGAGUGUCCCACUGAAGUUAGGUUAAUAUGCUUACGACUUGAAUGUUGUCGCGAAUGGUAUUUUCAAACUUGCGAAUGCAAUUUUGACAUCGCGUUCUCGUAUCUCCACGUUUUACAGUCGCUCAAUGAACGCAGCACCAACUCUCUCCGGCUGCUUGCUGCAUCAAACCGCAAAGUGGCGCUAGCAGUUUAUCCAACGCCAGUAAUAAGCGGACGUUAUUCGGCGUCUUCCGCGCACAUGGAACUCAGUAGUCAUUACAAAGUGAAGGUAGUGGAGUUAAGGUUAGCUAACGGACCGCCGAGCGGAGCAUCGAGUUCUCUGGGCUCGACGCGUCAGGCCUGAGGGGCUCUGCAGAAGGGGCUCUGUUUGACUCCCAUGCGCGUGACGGCGCUCGGCGGCGGGAAGCGCGAGCCUCUCGUGCCAUGGCGUCUGUGAUGGAGGACCCGGCCCUGGAGAGACACUUCAAGGGCCACAAGGACGCCGUCACCUGUGCCGACUUCAGCCCCAACGGCAAACAGCUGGCCUCGGGCUCUCUGGACAGGAGCCUGAUGCUCUGGAGCCUGGCCCCCGAGGCCUGCAGGGCCUUCCGCUACGUGGGCCACGGAGACGUCGUCACCGGGGUCCAGUUCUCCCCGUCCGGCCACCUGGUGGCCACAUCCUCCAAGGACAGGACGGUGCGGCUGUGGACCCCCUCCAUGCGGGGCGAGUCCACGGUGUUCCGGGCGCACACGGCCGCCGUGCGCAGCGUCUCCUUCUCCCCCGACGGCCGCCGCCUAGUGACGGCGUCCGACGACAAGUCGGUGAAGGUGUGGAGCGUCGGGCGGCGCCGCUUUGUGUUCUCGCUCAGCCAGCACACCAACUGGGUGCGCUGCGCCAGGUUCUCACCGGACGGGCGGCUGAUCGCGUCCUGCGGAGACGACGGCACCGUCCGGCUUUGGGACACGACCUCCAAACACUGUGUGAACUGCUUCUCUCACAGCGGAGGCCCGGCGACGUUCGUCAGCUUCACCUCCAGCGGCUCCUGCAUCGCGUCUUCAGGAGCCGACGGUUCAGUGAAGAUCUGGGACCUGCGGACCAAUCAGCUGCUGCAGCACUACACAGUCCGCUGUGCAGGUAUCAACAGCUUCUCCUUCCACCCGUCCAACGACUUCCUGGUCGGCGGCUCCAGCGACGGCGCGGUGCAGCUGCUGGACCUGCUGGAGGGACGGCUGCUCUACACGCUGCACGGCCACCAGGGCUCUGUGAACUCGGUGGUGUUUUCCAGGGCGGGAGACCUCUUCGCCUCGGGGGGAGCCGACUGUCAGGUGCUGAUGUGGAGGACAAACUUGGACACCAGAUCCUACCGGGACGUCCUGCAGCAGCACGGCCGGAGGUCCGCCCCGGACCCCCCCCCCCACCUGACGGACAUCCACCCCCGAGGACCCCACCUGCACCGCCCUCAGCCCGCGGUCAUCCAGGUCAGUCCCACGGUGGCCGACACGCAGUCCGCGGAUCCGCACGUCGUCGAGCUGGGCCAACCGGUGCACGGCGCCACGGUGAGCGGCAUGUUGCGUAAUCCAUCAGUCAUGUUGCGUAACAGGAAGAAUCCAUCUCUCACAAUUUGCGAUGAGCUGUAGCAAAGAUAAAUAUAAACUGAAAGAUGGAGACCAUACAACAACAACAACAACAACAACAACAACACACGUCGGCACACAGGGCUCUGCAGGACGUUUACAGGUCACUUCCACCGGGACUCAAGGCGGCUCCAGGAGAACUGCGUUUCAGAAAAGUGUUUCCUGAAGAGUUGAUCUGUUGUUGCUCCCCGCGGCCACCAGGGGGCGCUGCAGCGGCUGCGUGUCAGGUGUCUACUCUUUCACUCCUGGAGUGCUUUGGCCAACAUCACAGUUUUAAAAGUUCACUUUUAAAGACGCUCGACAGUUAAAUGCAGUUUAAUAAUUCUGAAACUAAUUUUAUGCAAGAAAAAUCUAAUUGGUUGUGAAAAACACCACAAAGUCACAAAUAUAGUCUGUACUUUAUAUAAUAUGUUCAUAGUCUCAUAACAACAACAUGUCCAUCUAUAGACAGAUAUACAUAUAUAUAAUAUAUAUACAUGUAUAUUGAGAGAUAGAUAGAGAUAUAACACGUAGAAGAGACACGCUUCUUCUCAGCCUCGUCUUCUAGAACAUAAACCACUCAGACACCACGAUUACAUGUGAGUUUACUGUAGUUCCUCCUCCCUCCCUCUCCCUCCCUCCCGCCUUCUCUCCCUCUCUCUCCCUCCCUCCUCUCUCUCUCCCUCCCUCCCGCCUUCUCUCCCUCUCUCUCCCUCCCUCCUCUCUCUCUCUCCCUCCCUCCCGCCUUCUCUCCCUCUCUCUCCCUCCCUCCUCUCUCUCCCUCCCUCCCGCCUUCUCUCCCUCUCUCUCCCUCCCUCCUCUCUCUCUCCCUCCCUCCCGCCUUCUCUCCCUCUCUCUCCCUCCCUCUCUCUGCAUUACCCACUAAGCUCUGGCUCGGUGCUCCUGAAUGGAGCGUUAUCAA